AUGAUUUUAAAAAACAAUUUAAUAAUAAUAUUAUUAUUAAUAUUAAAUUUUGGAGUUUUUAAUAUUUUCGGAUAUUAUAACCCAAAAGUUUAUAUGAUCCAAAAUUUUGAUACAUUAGAUUGUACUGGUGAAGUUAAAAUUCAUAGAGUAUUAUUUGGAUCACCAGUUAAAAGUGAUUUUUUAUUUAUAUGGGAUGAUGGAUACAGAACAUUAAAUUGUAAUGCCUCAGAGUUAGAUAAUAUAAAUUUUCCAGAUUCUCCAUGUGCAUGGUAUCCCAAGAAUUGUUCAUCAACAUCUUGUAAAACUUAUUUCAAAAUUAAUCAAUGUAUAAAUGGUGAAAAAUUAGUUUAUCAAAAAUUAAAUUAUUUAGAAAGUAAAUAUUGUGUUGUUUCUGAAGGAAAGAAUUUAUCAAUCGAUACAACUCCAGAUGUAUUAACUGUUUAUAGAAAUGAAUAUUGUUAUUUAAAUUUCGCAUGUUUAAAAUGUGACCUUUUAAAAUUUGUUUUAACACUUUAUCAAACAGGUGAAACAUUAAUAUCAAAUAAUUCAUUAUCAAUUGGAUUAAUGUAUGAUCCAGAAUAUAAUUAUUCCUCUCAUUAUCUAUUUGGUGAUCCAGAAUUCUAUAGAGGAUAUGGUUCAGGUUCAAGUGAUUCAAAUACUUUAAAACACAAUAACCUUUUAAUAUUUGUAUUUUUAUUACUUUCUAUAAUUUUAAUAAUAUCCUCAAAUUUUAAAUAA